AGCGUCAAACCUAAGCCCGAUAGGUGCGUUUGCGUGAUGACGUUGUUGGAAUAAAUUGGAGCGUGUGUAAACCGAAUCGGUGGGUAGCUGUGGACGGUGCACAUUGUACGGCAGGCGGUUAAUAACAGGAGAGAAAUGGGGCGAAAGCAGAGUCUGCGGUAAUGACCAGCGCAGCGUCGCCGUGUGAUACAGACGGAGCCUGAAGAGACGCCAGGAAGUGACGGUGACAGCCCUGCUAGCUGAGAGCUAACGACUAGCAGAGGAAGCAGCCAUGGCUGAGGCCGGAGCCCAUCUCACAUCCACUGUCGUCACUGAGCAGCCAUCAGUGUUUGAAGUCCUCGCACAGGAGUCUUUGAUGGAGACGGUCAGACCGGCACUGAAACAUGCAGUCAAGGUUCUGGCAGAGUCCAACCCAUCCCGUUUUGGCUUCCUUUGGCGAAGCUUUGAUGAGCUCUACCUGCUGCUGGACCUCCUCCUUCAGAACCACUUCCUGUCUAACUGCAGUGCCUCCUUCUCUGAGAACUUCUAUGGCUUGAAAAGAGUUUCAGGUGGGCGGAGACUUCCUGUACGCCUCGGGCUGACCAGGACAUCCCGCUGGUGGUCUCUUCUUCUUCUGUGCCUGUUGCCAUACCUGCAGGCCAAACUGGAGGCGACGUUGAAGCGACAGAGGGAUGAGGAGGACUUCUCCAUCCGGCUGGCGCAGACAAGGAGCCAGAGGCUGUACCGGGCGGCCGUGGCAGCGUACCCGUACGUCAGCUCAGCCUGGCAGGCCUGGAUCUUCUGUCAGCAGCUGCUGUUUGUCUUUGGAUUCACCAGGACCCACAGUCCUCUCUUAUGGCUGGCCAGGGUCAGACUGGAGCGACUUAACACUCAAGAUAUCAGAGACCUGGAGCGGAAAGCCAGGACCCCUGGCAAACCAGCUGGUGGAAGCUUGAUGCAGAGAGCAUGGUGGAUGAUGUCACAAGCAGCAAGGGGCGUAGCUGUCUCCCUCUCCUCUUCCCUCUCCCUGGGCGUUUUCUUCCUGCAGUUCCUGGAGUGGUGGUACUCAUCAGAGAACCAGAACACGGUCAAAGCUCUCACCUCCCUGCCCGCUCCUCCACCCCCGCUCCACCUGCAGCAGGAUCAGAGCGAGCUGGACUCAGACAGGAGGACCUGUCCUCUGUGCAGGAAGCCCCACGCCAAUGCCACAGCGCUGUCCACCUCGGGCUUCGUGUUCUGUUACCGCUGCAUCUACACAUACGUGAAAAGUAACCACCGAUGCCCGGUCACCGGAUAUCCCACUGAACUGCAACACCUCAUCAAGAUUUACUCACCAGAGAGCUAAACGUGAGUUUCUCUGUGCAGCCUCAGGAUGAAAAAUGUGGAGGAAAUACUGGGGAGUGUGUGUGUAAUCACACACACAAUAUGAGAAAAUAUAUUUUAGGGAUAAUCACAACUGUUUUCCUUUUGUAUACAAUAAAUUGUAUAAUAUGCUUCCAGUUUCUGAUUAAAAAAACAAAU